CAGUGCUUACGUUCAAAUUAUGUAUUGCAAAUUGGAAGUUAGUUUUCAAUAGUUGCAAGCCUGUCAUUAUUAAUACGCAAGUCAAAGGACGUCGGAGAAGUGGCAGGAUUCAAACAACAAGAAUUGUCUAACGAAUUUCAACUAAUUUCGUCAUAAAGAUGCCUCCGAAAGGAUUUAAAAAAAUGAACAAGCUGGACGUGGCUUUGAUGUCGGACUUCGAAUGUCCGGUGUGCCUCGAGUUGAUGCGCCCCCCGAUACACAUGUGCGUGAACGGCCACAACUUCUGCGAGGACUGCUUCAGCAAAAUAUCAGUGUGUGCGCUGUGCAAGAAGGGCAAGAGCCAAGGAAGAAACUACACGCUGGAGAACAUGUUCGAGAAGAUCACCUUUCCUUGCAAGUACGAGUGCAGUUUCAGCGCCAAGGGACAGCUUAUCGGGGUGCACGAGGAUAGCUGCACGUAUUACAGGGCGAUUUGCCCUUUUCCGAAUUGCAAUUGGUCGGGGAACAAGAAGGAGUUCGAGAAGCACAUGGUGAAGAAGUCUCACAAGCUGUGGUCGUGCCCGGACUUCUUGUUGAGGGCUGCCUGCACCAAAUCGAAGGAUAUGUUGGCGGUAGCCAAGUUGUGCGACACGUACUUCGUGUUCAUCAUGAAGCUCACCAAGAAUUGUUUGCAUUUGGCGCUGUACGAGAUGUACAACCCCAGGAGCACCUACAAAUACAAGAUUAGUUUAGAAAAGGGACACAGGGUUGCGGUGAAGUUUAAUGGCACGUGUGGCUUCUUCAGGAAGUGCAAGUCUGAUUGGCGCAGCAAAAUUAGGUUCAACAAGGCCAUCGAAUUCAUAGGAAAAGGUUACAAAUUUGAAUUGUCGGUUACUGAGGACGAUUAAAAUGCACGUUUUAAUUAGACGCCAUUAAAUAAGUUGUUUAAAUUGCCCACUGAACCGUAGAUUUGGAGCAUCAAAAUUAUAGAUACGUCGUAAAUAAAAUGGUAAAUGAGAUUUUGUCCUUUUGAAGUCAAAUUUAAUUCUUUACCCAAUAAAUUUUAAAAAAUGGUAAUCACGGAAGUUUAAAAUGUUAAAGGGAAAUAUUUUUAUUCAAAAUUUUAUUUGGUUCGUUGGAACAUAAUGUUUCAAAGCUGCGGUUUACUGUCGAUACAAUUUAGAUAUAUAUGUGUUCCUUUAAUUUUAUAUAUUUUAUAAACAGAAUGUGUCUUAAGUUGAUAUUAAAUUUAGAAUAAAUUUUUAUUUUUGUUUGA